AUGGAUACUAGGGUGCAACGCAGAGAGACAACAAUUGAACGGCUUGACGAGCAGGAUCCAAUGCAAAGAUUGACUCGAUUGGAAGAAAUUUGCGGCAGGAUUGACGAGGAUCUGCGUGUUGUACAGGACAGCAUCAAAAUAGUCUUUGAAAACCAAAACGCGGUGGUUGGAAUGUCAUUCGAAGCCGACAGGAAUGCAUCAGAUGAACCAAAUGAGAGCCAACAGGGGGAAACCACAUCGGCAGAUCCAAUCCAGAGAGACACAAUACGGAGGGAUUGGCAGAACCAAAGAUACAAUGAACCUAUUAUACGACCUUUGUUUGACGGUAGGCUUAUUCUACACAAAUUAUUAUCAACCAAAUUUGUAAUUUUCUGUCCGAGAGACGUCGAUGGAGUGAGAUAAACGAAAAUGAGUUAAUUCGAAUUAAAAACUUUCGUUUUAACAUUCCCAUGCGCAUGUUCAGUGUGCACGAAAUACCGAAAUGCAGCAUUCUCUGAACACCCAUCUUAAGAUUUCAACUGAAAUUGGACGAUAAAUGGAUCACUUAGUGAUACUGUAGUUCGCUGAUCCUUUUUUAAGUUCAUUUAAAAUUUUUUAGCACGAAGUUCAAUAGAUUAUAUGUCAAUUAUUUAUGCAAUCGUUGAUUAGGUUUAAAACCUCGUCAUUUUAGUCUUCAUCUUUGGGUAUAAAAUAAGUUACCUUCAUUUUUUCUCUAAAGUGUUCAAUAGAUAUAACUGUGAACAUUAUUUUCUUACAGAUGUUGAUCGAAUACCGGCCUAAUUUUCCUUGUUUCGAAAACAUAACUGAAUUUAUCAUAGUUAGAAGUGAUGAUUUCUAUGUCGUCAUAGUAACUGAGCCUACUGGCAUCGCGGUUUUACUCACGAAAGUUUUACCUUUUCAUUUUUCAAUUAAUACCGAGGUCAAACUAAACUUUUGUUAGGAGAAUGUUUUAUGUUAUGCAAUCUCUGCAACACGUUUGCUAAACGAUUUCUUUGACUCAAAUUUGUAGGAUAUGAAAAGGAACUCAACGACGUGGAAGGAGAAAGAGAUUCACUGAAAACCAAAUCUGGUAAAUCAGACCAAACGAACCAAAGACAACUGGAGAAGAAAAGAAAGUUAAAAACAAAUAAUAAACAAGUUAAAGAGGAAAGAAACGAAGCCAUUGAACCAAACAAAGCAAUGGUGGAGCAGAUUCAAAAGCUUGAAGCCAAGAAAAAGGAGCUCGAAAUGACGUUAAAUGGUCAAACCGAUCUGAAGACCGAAAAUAAAGAGCUGUCGACUCAAAUAGAAAGGCUGACAAAAAAAGCAAACAACUCUGAGUUUGAGUGCAAGCGGCUACAAGAGGAGCUCAAGACGUACAUAAAUUACCAAAGUCGUAAGUACACGAAAUAACUUUUUAAAAGAUAGUAUUGACUUUCCAUCUUUGGCCAAUCUGUUUAAGUAUAAAGUGGUACAGCCUUGCGCUAUCUCUAUUUACGUAUCUGUCAAAUUAGCUUAGUUUUUCUUUAACCCCUUCUUUUUCGUUAAGCACAUUUUUCGCUGAUGUUGAAUGAUAUACAAAUGGGGAGGGGAGGCAAGGUAUUUUUUUUUCUUUUAAUGUUAUCCAUCAUACUUUCGUUUCCACUUAGGCGUUUUCUUACCAGCUGGAAAGGAAUUUGCCGGCAUAUGCACUGGUGUCAUCUGCUUCCUAAAACAAAGAUUAAGAGAUGCACCUUGCGCUGAAUUGAUUGCUUCCAGAUCUUCCGAUGGCCUUGGAGAUGAGGCUGACGUAUUGAACCAUAAGACAGGCACCGUCAGUGGGACAGAAGAAAAGAAAAAUUCGUGGUGGUCUAUUGACCUGGGCUCAAACCAUCGGCUUGUGAUCACACACUACGCUUUGAGGCACGGCAAAAGAGAAAAAGAGUCACUGCUAACCCAAUGGCAGCUGAAGGGAUCCAAUGAUGGGAAGCAAUGGGAAAACAUUGAAACUAUUCACGACAAGAAAGAUCCACAGUUCAAAGACCCUACUCCAUUUUGUACAGGCAAAUGGUCUGUCAAAGGGGAAAUAGGGCCUUUUCGUUUUUUUCGAAUUUUCCAGACAGGUGUUAAUUCCUCUGGCAAAUAUGGAAUAUACCUAUCUGGAAUUGAGUUGUACGGAGUACUUCUGAACAUGUGUGAGCUGGGAGCUAUGGAGGCUUUAUCCUAUAAAGUUUUCAUCAAGCAGCCGAAAUAAAAAGUAAACUCUCAGAAAGCAAGGUCUUUGUACGACCCCCAAUUAAAAGUGUCUUUGAGGGGCCACAUUACUUUUUCUCUUUUAUCUCUUAUAUUUUUAUUCAGAGUGUGAUGUUUUCUUCGUUUUGCUACAUUCAGAAUAUUGCAAUUCGCUGUUGGUUUUAAAUGAAAUGUAAGUUAAAAAAGUAAGACGAUUGAUUAUUUUUUCAAGGGUAUGGCAAAUCAAUAUUUUACAAGCAGUUAUAAGAAAUUGUAGACAUUGAAAAGCAAGAUAAUGAUAAUGAACAUUGAAAAGUAAGAUAAUCAGUUAGUUGUCAAAGUCGCCAGAGUAUCUUUACAAAUGAUCUUCUAACACAACCUAAGCGACAGAGUGUUGAUCUUAGCUUGCCCGAGUUUAUAUUGAAGAAUUCGUUUAGAUAGGAAGUUGCUAGUUUAUAGAAUUCUUCAAAACCCCGUAAUAGGGAAGAACUAUCAACGUUUUUUAAAAGUAAUAAGGACUGUAGCCUUUAGAGUGCUUUGUAGAUUGUCAGGUUUUUUUAAAAUUAUUUUCUACAAGAUAUUUUUGCCAGCAAGUAACUGGUUUAAACACGUCGCGUGAGUGUUUAUACCAGAGUUAUUCCCCAAUAUAAACCUUGCAUUAAAUACGAUAAAAGUCGAUAACUCUUAAGAUAAAGACAUUUGUUUGUUAAUGAAUUCGAACAAGAGAACACCGAAAAGUGAACAUUGCACGCAGUAAACGGUUAGCUGUUCGUAAAAAUUUUGUGCCACGCGUUCCAAAAGUGUUUGAAGUGUACUAAAAACACAGGCCUCCAUUUGGCGCGAAAAUAUGUACCGAUAAGCAUAUGAUCUGUUCCGAGAAGCAAACCCUUUUCCAAGAGCUAUAGCUUAUUGCUUUUUCCCAAGAAUUAUUAACGUUUUAUAUUGGCUAUUAGGGGUGUAGUUUUUAAAAGUGCUGAAUAGAUUGUGUACUAAAUUUUCAGUAGCAUUAGUAUUAAUUAAAAACAAUUUCUUUCUUUCGAACAUAAGAAACUAAAAAGUGUUGUGCGACUCAGGUUCUGAUCAGUAGCCACCGCAUAUAACUAUAACUGGCGUUUUCUUACGAUACUGCAGUCUGAUUGGCUAUUCUGUUUUAGAAUAAAUCUGCUAGCGCUUUAUCAAAACUGCUGCAAUCUGAUUGGUCACGCUUCAGCUUUUUGACCCUAACCUUUAGGAGAGUAGAGUGGAUUACCAUUGUGUGAUUGAAACAAAAUAAAAUGAACACAUAAACCUGUCUAGUUGAAAAGUUUUGGACGACUGGUAGAUUUGUACCAAAACAAUUAGUACAAGAGCUUUAGAUUUCUUUACGUCGGAUAAGAGACUCGACUUCGCCCUCAUCAACUACAUCAUGGGAUAGAAAUCUCGGGUUCCGUCACAAUAUAGUUGUUAGAUACAUGUAGAUGGUGAGUUGAUUGGGUAGCACGUGGCGUGAACUAUUUAUGUUAUAAUUAGACGAGAUCAUGAGCCUGUCCGCUUUUAAGUCUUAAACGACUAAGGAUAUGAUAAAACGUCAUCUAUGCGCCUGUCCUCCAAAAAUCAUACGUACGAACCAAUCAAACUGCCCUAAUAGAGCCUCGUUUUUGCGGAUUCGCGGGGAAAGUAUUUCAUUACUUGCACUCAGAUUCAUACUAACUAAAACUAAGUCCUUUAUAAUGAUAAAAAAAAGUGAUGGAAAGCGUAAAUAAUCAAGGUAGGUUUCAAGAGACUGAAUCAAUUUCUGAAGACGUUUUUAAUACAGUACGUUAUCUCAAAGCUGUUGGUGGGAUCGUAUUUGUAUCAGUUAUCUGUUAUGAAGUAUCAUCACAACAUCUGAGUAAGGUUGAGAGAAACUUUUUUCCCACAAAAUAUCAUUGUUACAUUCCCACCUAUCAUAAUUGUUUGUAGAGUGGCACAGAUUAAACAACAUUAAAGUAAGCGUCUAUUUUAUCAAAUGUAAGUCUGAAGUGGUUUUUUUUCUUCACAAGUCGAAAAGACACGAAAAAGACGCGAGUCGCGCUCUUUUCCUCGCUUUACGCGUGUGUCUACUCGAGCUCUUUUCGCCUCGCGCGCGUUGUGAUUUUCUUAUCAACCAACUGUUUGGCAAACGUGAUAAUGCCUCUCUUGUCUUGUUUUUGUUUUUCCAUCCAUUUGUAAGCCAAAGGAGUGUGAGAAUAGCUGUAUUUUUUAAAAUCAGAAGGUUGGAAUCCUUUUUAAUUUUAGUUUGACAUGAGAAACAAUGGCCUAUAAUUAACUCUCUAUGCAAAACUGGAUUGCCGCGAGCUCAAGCCCUGUUCAGAAGGAAUGUUUCAGACCAUUAAAAAUAAUCAUGAGCACUGUGGGCUUCCUUUCCCGUGUGCAUCGUCAAAGCCUUAUCUUCUAUAAGUCUCCCUAAAUUCUAAUGUUUACUUUCAACCGCACACGAUCCUUGAAAUUCUUUGAUAAAAAGUUUGCUCCUGAAGCAUGGAUCUCAAUAUAUUUUUAAAACCUGGAGAUGCACUUUCCGCUCAGCCAAUAUUCAACACCAAUUGAAAUGCUCGUGUAAAUAAUCAAAAGUGUGAAUAGUCUAAGGUAGACUGAAGAAAUGGCCUGUGAGAUGGUUAAAAAGGUUAAAUUGAAGGAGCUAAACUAAUUCUUAUUCUCCUAACAGCUGUUUCAUGCGUCAGCUGUGCGUUUAUGGGGAUAUGAAUCACGCAGGAAGUUAGAGCACCAAAGGCGCGUAAGAGUUUGUUGAGGCGUCGCCGAGUUUAAUUCUAGCUUAUUAAGUACCUCCUUUUUUCGAUGAGCGCACAGCUGACUAAUAAGUCCGUUAUUUUAUGAAUUUUUCCGGGGUGUUAGCAUAAAGAUGUUCUAUAAAGAUUAGUUUAUCGUCAGCGCACAAACACGUCAUCAUUUUUCACAACAGGAUUUUUAUGAUAAAGUAAAUUAUACACGCAUUUUGAUAGGUUCUUACUUAUGAUCUUUUGGAGAACAGACGCAUAGAAAUCGUCACCAUUAACAAUAAUUUGGCUUUUUUUUAAUCAUACAAAACAAAUAGAUUCCAUAUUAACGCUGGUCUGUACAGUAAAUAUGUAUAUAGAUUAAAACAUAGAUCCAUUUCUGCAACGAAUAUGUAAUCCUAAACUAUCAAUGGGAUCACAUUGCAGCCUCACACCUGGCCUGAAAUGUAAUCGAACAUCUGAAUAAGCUAAUUUUUCAGAUAAUGCAAAAUGGCCGCGGUAAACUUUUUACAGUGGGCGAUAUACAUUUCCAACGCAGUUGGUGAAACCCACAUUUUCCAAGUUUCUAGAUAAUUUGAGCAUGGGAUCCUGGGGCUAUGCGCCGACUCAGCUAAACAAUUAUUGGAUGAGGUUUUUGUGAUAUCUAGAAUAAUCAAGGUCGGGGUAGAGGUUACCGAGACCUUGAUUAUUCUGGAUAUCACAAAAACCGAAUCUAAUAAUUGUUUCAUUACACAUUGGACGAAAAAACAAUGGUCACUUCAGUAAGUGGAACUGAUAACUUAUUUCUAGGCGUGUAAAAGUAUACAAAUCAGCAGGCAACACAAAGCGCGCGAACUUGACACGAUUACCCGCAGAAAUCAUUCACCGCGGUCAUACAUGACAUGAUUACUGUGACCUUGAGUGUCUUUGACCUGAUUAUUGUAUAAUCUGCAGCUAGAUGACGUCCUAGGCGCUGAUUUCGAAAACUCACAGUACGCUUUCGGCUAAUCAGAAAAGAGAUAGUGAGUAUCCAAUAGCGGGCGGCCAAUUUACGUUAUCACCUCAGUUGAUUAUGCCAAAUUACCCUGUUAUACUCUCCCACCGACGAAGCUCCGCAGUUUCUUUAGAAACUUACCUCCCUUUGACAUAAUAUCAUGUCGAGUUCAAAGUCUACGUCAUUUCUAAGCCCCCUCGUCCGAGUAGUGCCUCCUUUUGGAGGUUGGUUAAGAAAUGCAUAACAUAUCGGCUUUCGCAUGAUAACAUGAAUCAUCAAACCUUGUGUCUGUGUUAUCUGCCGAAGCAUCAGACCUCGGCAUUGAUAAUUCAUGAUAUCAUGCUCGACCUCAUCUAAUAAUUGCCUAUUUUUCUCUUGAAGUUGAAUGAGCGUCAGUAAGAACUUGAACACACUUGUCAGUGAUUGAUGGGAUGGUAAAAAGGCUGACUGUGUCAGUGUUAUUACACACUUGUAAAUUGUACGCGUAAAUUUCGAGAACGAAGUCGCUGAAUCGCCAAAAUGCAUAUAUUAAAAUGCAAAUUAUCUCUUUAAAUAUACCAAAAUCUGCCAGAGUUUAGAAUAGGUCCUUGAAUUCUCUCUUCUCGACUCCAGACCGGCUACAAGAGCAUUCUGCGAUAAGGGCAUCAUGUGAGUUUAAUUAUCUCUGAGAGUGGUGCCCUAAACGUUCUAGAAAAGUUACUGACUUUGUGGUGUGCAAUCAGUCAGGAUCAGUUUCAACGGUAAGCCUUGCCUUAAGAAUAGUCAGUAUAUGGUUUGAACCUAGGAGUAACUGUCGAUCUUGUAGUCUGAUCAUCCGAGGGAGAGUAGUCUUGAAAAAGACUGUUGUCGGUUAUGUAAAAGUUACUGACGUUUGGACAACUUCAGGCAGGGGAAAAGUUAUAGCGAGGUUAGGGGGGGCCUUAGAAUUUCUAGGGUAACACUCUGUCAUUUACAAUCAGCAUGAAGAGAACCUUAUCAUCCGUUUAAAACAUCCGUGUCUCAAGACAGGGAAGUAGAGACUUUAUCCAAGAAAAUUUAUAGUUCGAGAUCGGAGAGGACCCCAGACACCCUGUACACUUCAUGUCGACAAAAGUCAGUUCUCAUUACACGAUUUUAUUUUCCAAACUAGUAUUCAGUUAUGUGGAAAUACGCCAGCAAUGGUAUUCAACAACAACUUAAAUAAUACGACAGUCAGCUAUUAAUUCUCUCCGUCAAGCUUCUUGACCCGGAUUAAAGAAUGUCAACAAACAGAAUAUCAGUACACAGCAAUUGUACACGUAAUAGAUACUGCGACUAACAGGCAAAGCUGAGUCUUAAGCUGCUUUUCGUUGCCGAAAUUUCUUUGCUAUACCUUAUCAAAUAAUACUUUGAGAAGGGUAACCUGAUACUAGGAGAAGACAAAUGCUGCGAUUUAAUUGAUUGAUCAUGCAGACGUAAUUGGUAAAAUAGUGAAAGAAACCAUAGCAACCACAUUUAAUAAACUUCGUCCCCAAUUAUCAUCGCAGUUUUGAUUCUUUCGUUUCAAGUAAGAUGUAGGAAGGCGGGAAUGUUUCAUAGAAUGAAAAUUGCGAGACAGUGAAAAAUAAAAAAUAAUGGGGUUCUGGAAUGUGGAAAAAAUUGAAGCAAUUUAUUAUUGUCUAAAGAUGAUGCUUAACAUCAUACAGUGCUCAGACACCAUAAAUCAUUCGCAACCAUCGAAGCAGGCAAAUUUGAAUGAUUCGAAAACUUAUGUAAUGUUUAGCCAUAACUUGUGCAUUUGAAGAAUUUCAAACUUUGGACUGUAUAGGCACGUAAAAUUGAAAGAAAUCCACGCAAAAACAAAAAACCAAUCUGAUUUUUUAGAUGUUUGAAGUAACCAAUCAAAUGAAAGGCAAAGAAGAUCAAAGAGGCCGUCGUGGGGGAAAUUUUGCAACUCUUUACAAACAACCUCAAUACUGGAUCAAUAAAGUAUUUGUGCUGAAAAAAAAACACUUGCAUUUGGGCAAUUGAACUUUGUGAUUUCAAAAUGGAUGCACUAAGAGUGGUAAUUGAACUUCGUAUCUUUAAAUUUAAAUCUGAAAUUAUACUUGUGAUUUCAAAUCGAACUCACUCUGCGUGUUUGUUCGACUUUGAAGUCAUGCGUAUGAUCUAAGACUUGAUAAUAUAAUUGAAAAACGUUCAGCAUGCUUAUUGACCGAGAACACGUCAAUUAAUCCCAAACAGUGCUGAUAGUCGAAAUUGAGUGCAGAAAGUUUCGGUGGUCCCAAAGAGGACACGCUACCUACUUUUAAAUAAGAUUUAUCGCGCGAUGAAAUCAAAGUAUUUCACGUUAAAUGGAAAUUAUUUGCUUCAACCAGAUAAACAAUGCGUAAAUCUCUGUUCUUUACAGCAACACAUCUUCAUUCAGCCUCUAUACCAAAACGCUUCUUCGGGUUUCAAGGACACCACCAUUGAACUGGGAGCUAAUCAUAUAUAGUACUUUCUUCAUAACGGGAUGGAUGUUAAAGCUAUUGCUAUAGCAAGUUAAUUCACCUUACCAGCCUGUUAACCAUUAGUAAUAGAAUUGGAAUAAAAACCUGGUUGGCCUUACUUAAACAGGAUCUGUCCUUCGGUCAUGCGCUCUUUCUUCAAUAAAGUUUUUUGUUUUCUUCAGUUUAUUUAGCCGAGUCGGGAGGUGAAGAUAACCGAUUCUCUUGGACGGAUGGGGGAUUCUGACGACAGCAAUAAAGGUUCUCAAUUAAAUUCAUAAUUUCCUAAAACGGUAUUAAGUUUACUCAUUAUCCCUUCCAAGUCGUUACCUGUUACUGAUAAACAGGAUAUCCGGAGUUAUAAUUUUUGCGACUCCCAGUGCACAUUUUUUUGCUGUCUGUUCAUAAUUUUCGAGUCAAAAUUUUUGAUCAAAUAGGAUGUUUACUUAUUUUGCAGCCACCUCUAGUGGUCUACAGUUUGAGCAGGUUCUUAUCAAUGCAAACCAGAAGGAGUUAAUAUGUGAGGAAGUAGGUAAACACUGGAAAAAACUGGGUUCAGCCUUAGGGCUCUCAUCAGCUUUUCUGAAUAACACUGAGACUGAUCACAGCGGUGAUUGCUGUGAAAGGGUACUAAAAGUGCUUGAAAAGUGGCAACAAGAAAACGGAAGUGUAGCAACAAUGGAAGUUCUUAAAAAUGCUCUGGUGAAGAUAGGGAGGACAGAUGUUGCCGAAAAACUGCUUGGUAUGUAAUCUCCUUUUGUGAAGGAAACUCGGUCAACACCAGGUCUAUCUACUUUCAUAACGAAAAAACUUAAUACCUAAGUAGAAAAAGACCUUGAAGCGAAAGACUUCAUGGUUACGUUAAGGAAGUUUCUUUUUAAAUAGAGCUCGCGCCGCGAACAGCUUCAAUUAUAUCGUUGUUAUACAAAGAGAGAGGUAAUCAGUUAUACGUAAGCCUCACUAAAGAUUUAAAUGAAUAUAUAAGUUUUGCUGACGGGAGGCAAUAGCUUGUGAGGUCCACAGGCGUGUCAACGCACAGUUUUUGCGAGGUUGAAGCAUCACCGCGAAGGCCGCUUAGCGCCACUUUAAACUCGAGUCAGAUCUCCUCAAAAUAAUUGAAAACAUUGAACUAUUUCGCUACUGCAAUUGCAUGAGCCAGCAUUUGAAUACGUAGUUGUGGGGGAGUCUUACUGGAAUCUAGCGCAAUGUUAUCACCUUAAGAGCAUUUCAUGAAGAGCCAGCAACCUUACUACCGUGUACAUCCGCAAAUGAUUUACCUCUUUCUACAUAGAAAUAAGAAAAGUGGAGACAAGCUCACGUUACGAUAAAGCGCGAUUUCAGAGGUUACAAAGUACAGUGGAACGGUUGGGGAAGGAUCUAAAGGAAAGAAUCCAAUGCAUGGAGGAAAAAUUUUCAGAGCUGCAAAAGUACCUCUCAAUUAGAAAUAUUAAUCUGAAAAAUCAGGAGCAGAAAAUGAUUCCAGUUGGAGAAGAUGAUGAUUCUCGUCAGCCAGCCGGGCUGGCUGACCGCACUCAGAAAGGCAAUGGACAGAGAUAUAGGGAUAGGCAAACAUGCGAGGGUUCAACUACGGAUGGUAAGUUGAUAUUGCAUGAAAUUGUGUGAGCCACCAUCCGCCAUAGCAGAGACCGAGGUGGGGAAGAGGCCUGAGGGCCCUCAGCCCUAUAACAAAGUAAGAAAAAUUUAAAUUGGCAAAACAUUAAUCAUUUUUCAGAAAUACUAGUGCGCGUAACGGAGAAAAGCUGAAAUUGAAAUUGACAAGGUACACAUGCGUUAAACUGACAGUCAAAAACUUCACAAAUGUCCUUCCUUUAACUAGCUUUUACGGUGAACGAACCACCUAGAAAAACAAGCAACUUUUUUCUAAAGGUGCAAUAAAUUUUUGCCCGGAGUUAUCAACAUAGUCUAAACUGGCGCUGUACCCGUGUCCCUGUGACCGUGGGCUAAAAUGAUCUGGCUAGUAUUUUUCUUCUUUUCGCUACAUCCUUGAUCAAAAUACACUGGUGUAUACCAAUUGAACGAAAAGUAAUUGUGCGGAAGAAUACCCAAUUAGAAUAGCUUCCAAGUCUUAAAAUCGACGAAGACAACAGUCGUACUUUAAAAUCAUCAAGGUACACAUUUGUAGACCUCGAAAACGAAGAGCAAACGUGUAGAAGAAACUCGAAUUGAAAUAAACUGGCUUCAAAAGCCUAAAAAUCGACGAUGAAAACAGUCACAGCGAUAUACAUGGACAGAAAUAUUUUAUGGCGCCGCGUGAGCGAUGAAACAUUUCCAUAUCUAUCUUCGGGACAGACGCCAGUUUGAACUAUGUUGAUAACUCCGGGCAAAUAUUUCGGCUUUUGUAUCGCCACCCAGAUGUUUGAGCAUGUGACAAUAGUAUGAUUUGGGAUAGGGGCAAACCUAGAGUGGGAAGCUCACGAUUUUCAUCCCCAGUUUCCUGUGUUUUGGAACUUAGAACAUCUGGGAAGACGAUGCAUACGAACGGCUUGCAGGAGCUCGAGUAAGUUGAUUUUCGCGUAUCGAUUUGGCUACCACAUGGCUAUACGUUACACCUAUUUGGCAGCUGGUUUACCAUGUCUUAGGGUUUUAAAGAUUUGAUAUAAUUUGACCUUUGAAAGCGAUUUUAUUCUUUUUGCAAGUUGAUUGUGUGUAUCUGUUGUAGCUACACAUAUUCGGCAUCUUAUCUACCAUGUUUUGAGGUUUUUACAGAUUUAAUUUGAUUUGACCUUUCUUUCUGUCACCCAGUCAACUUGUGAGCCAUAUCGCUUCUAGGGCGUGAAUCUUAAGUCGGAGUUGGACAUUUUAUAUAGCGGACACUUAAGCACUUCGUCCACAAUCUCGACUCACACAACAUAAAGCGAAAUAUGAUAAAUUUCCUGCUGGCCACUGGAUCUUCUUCCGGUUCCUUAGGCCACGUUAGAAACUUAAUGUUUUCGUAGUUACAUAUUAUUUCAUAUGUUUAGAGACAAAACAAUGUUUUCUCCUUGCCCGCUUUUAUUAUACGGACUCUCGCUAUAAUGGACACUAAAUCUUUCCCUGAGGGCGUCGACUAUAUUCUAGUUUUAGUUUGUUUUGAUACGUUCCGAGGUCAAUAUGGCCGUCAGCCUACUUACCCAGAAUUUUAACCAAUGAAAUUACAAACAAUCACGUUAACAAGAUAAUAAACAGCAAUUAUAAAACAAACCUCGCACACAGAGAGUAAAUCUGUGGAUAAUUAUCCAAUAGCUUGUAUUGAGCUUCUCUUUGUUAGCUAUUAAUGGCGUCCCUUGUUAACACAAGCCAUGCGAAGCGCUUCGAUAUAGCUGCGUGACGCCAUACUGGCAUAGAUUAUUCGACACCAGCUUACGAUAGAAAACAGUGGAAAAAUAAAUUUUGAUAUCUUUAAAUAUAUUGAUAGACAGUUAAUACCAGCCAUUUCCUCGGUCGCUUUUAUUAGUACCAUACUUUUAGUUGUUGUCUUCGCUGUCAUCUAGGGCUGUUAGGCUGCCUAUUUUUCUUUUCACAUUUGGAUGAAAGUUGGGCUGAAAAUUAGAAAAUUAGAUUAUUUUUCAAAACAUCGCCUCAUAACAUCCCCUUGAUUCGGCAAAUAUUUUUGGUAGGGUUGUCGGAGAAAUACGAAUAAUGAAGUUUUUGUGGCCAGAUCCUUAUUGGUAUCAUAAUGAUUUAAAUUGAGUAAUUUUAAAGAAGCUAAUCUGAGGAUUGUUUAUACAGAAUGCCAGAUAUGUUCGUGUUUGAGAAAGGAACUAAAUGACAUGAGAACAGAGCACAAAAAAGAUAAGAAGAAGUGGGAAGAAGAAGAAAAAAGUUUGAAAAAGGAAAUCAUGCAACUCAAGAGUAAAAAUGAUGCCUUGCAGGAAGCCUACAAUGGACAACUGGCGACGAUAAAAGAAUUCGAAAAAACAAGCGAUCCGAUUACGAAAACGAAGGCAAAAGUUGUGGAAAACUUGGAAGAACAGAUUGAAAAUCUAAAAGCCGCGACAGAAAAAUUAAUGAAACUUAUAAAAGAUCAAACGGAUCUAGAAGAGCUCAGGCAGUUAAAGGCUAAAAUUUAUGAGCUGUGGACUCAAAAAGAAAAGCUACGUAAAAGAGUAGAAAACAGUGAGAUGGAGCGCAACAGGCUACAAGAGGAGCUUGGGAAGUACAUCAACUCAAGAAGGCGUAAGUAUAAAGGCACAAAGUUAAUAGUGCCUUGAUAUCUGUUUUUUAUAAGGAUGUUUAUUCACGUGUUAUUCAAGUUUGGAAAACGGUCGGGUGGAGGGGGUAGGGAUAACGUUCCCUUUUCGACUGUUUUCUGAGGUACUUGUCUUUCUCCGUUUAGGCGUUUUCUCGCCAACCGGAGAGCAAUUUGGUGGAAACUGCCGUGGUGUCAUAUGCUUCUUGAAGAGAGAAGCCUCGGUUAAGCUGGUAGCUAACAGAUCCACCGAUUACAUUGGAAAUGUGAAUGACAUACUUAACCAUGAGACGGCCACCAUCAGUGGGACAGAGGAUAAGGAAAAUUCAUGGUGGUCCAUCGAUCUGGGCUUACGCUAUCGGCUUAUAAUCACAAACUGCUCUUUGAGGGACGGUAAUAUGUAUGGAAAGUUAGCACCUAUAAAUUGGAAACUAGAGGGAUCUAAUGAUGGAGAGAAAUGGGAUAGUCUUGAAACUAUUCACAUGAAGGAUUCACAGUGUAUGUGCAGAGACACAUCUUUGUAUCAUACGAGAAUUUGGUCUGUUGUGGGGGAAAUAGCGCCUUUUCGUUUUUUUCGAAUUUUCCAGACAGGUACAAAUUCCUCUGACAGCAAUGGAUUAUAUCUAUCUGGAAUUGAGCUUUAUGGAAUACUUCUAAACAUUUGAGAGCUGACAACUAGGGAGGCUUUUAACCUUUAAUGUUUUCAUCAAGCGGCUGAGAUAAAAAAGUAACCCCUCAAAUCAAGGUCUGUGUGUGAGUUACCUUUAAAAGUGCCUGUGAGGGGUCACAUAACUUUUUCUUUGUAAUCUCUUAUAUCUUCACUUAGAGUGUGAUUUUUCGUUCGUUUUGCAACAAUUAGAACAUUUCAAUUUGCUGUUUGGUUUUAAGUGAAAUGCAAGUCAAAAAAAAAAAAUUAAGAUGCCCUAUUCUUUGGUCAAUUUUUUAAGGGUGUGGCAAAUCAAUAUUUUAUAGGCAGUUACAUGAAAUUGUAGAUAUUGAAAAUAAAGAGAACGGAAAAAUUUUUUAGUUGUCUAUGCUGCAAGAAUAUCGUUGUAAAUGAUCAUCUAACACAACCUAAGUAAUAGAGUGUUGAUCUUAGUUUGCCCGAGUUUGUAACGAAGAAUUCGUUUAUUUAGGAAAUUGCUAGGUUAUUGAAUCCUUCAGAACCAAGUAGUAGGGGAGAAUUAUCAGCGUUUUUAAAAUAGUGAUGACUGUAGCUUUUAGAGUGCUUUAUAGAUUGUCAGUUUUUUCUUUAUCAUCCACCAAAUAUUUGUGCUGGAGAAUGGUAACACAUGAAAACCGGGUAUAAAAGUUGCUCUAAAGGGGAAAAGUUGCUCAUAGGGUCGUAAGCAGCCAAACUCGUAACUUUCGAACAUAAGAAACUAAAAAGUGCUGUGCGACUCAGGUUCUGGUCAGUAGCCACCACAUAUAACUAUAACUGGCGUUCUCUCGCGGAUACUGAAGUCUGAUUGGCUAUGCCCCUCGCUAUUCCGUUUUAGAAUAAAUCAACUAGCGCUCUAUCAAAACUACUGCAAUCUGAUUGGCUAUACUAGUAGCUCUUUAUUCCGUGAUAGAUAGUGAGUAAAGUGAGUGGAUUAUCGAUGUGAUUGGAAACAAAAUAAAAUGAAAACAUGAGCGUGUCUUGUUGAAAACUUUUGGACGACUGGAAGAUUGGUACCAAAACAGUUAGAAUAGGAGCUUUAGAUUUCUUCACAUAGGAUAAGAUAUUCGCCCUCAUCAACUGCAUCACGGAUUAGGAAUCUCGAGCUCCACCACAUUCUAAUUUUCAGAUAUAUGUAGAUAGUGAGUGUGACCUCUGGAAGAUUGGUACCAAAACAGUUAGAAUAGGAGCUUUAGAUUUCUUCACAUAGGAUAAGAUAUUCGCCCUCAUCAACUGCAUCACGGAUUAGGAAUCUCGAGCUCCACCACAUUCUAAUUUUCAGAUAUAUGUAGAUAGUGGUGUGACCUCUUUUUAUCAUUAUUCGACAAAAACAUGGGCCUGUCUGCUUUUAAGUCUUAAACGACUAAUGAUAUGAUAAAAAACAAUCGAAUUGCUCUAAUUGAGCCUCGUUUUUCUGGAUUCGCGGGGAAAGUAUUCCGUUACUUGCAAUCAGAUUCACACCAACUGUAACUAAGUCCACCAUACUGAUAAAAAAAUGAUGGAGAGCGUAAACAAUCAAGGUAAGUUUCAAGAGACUUAAUCGAUUUCUGAGGAAAUCUUUAUAUUUCUGCACAGUACAAGUUAUCUCAAGCUUUUAUUGGUGGGAUCGUAUUGGAGUCAGUUAUCCAAUAUGAAGUAUCAUCAAAAUAUCUGAAUAAGGUUGAGAGCGGUUGUUCCCCUCAAAGUAUCAUUGUUAAAUUCCCAGCUACUGUAAUUGAAGGUGGAGCAGCAGAGAUUAAAAACAUUAAAGUAAGAGUCUAUUUAUCAAAUGCAAGUCUGAGUGGUUUUUUUUUCUUCACAAGUUGAAAAGACACGAAAAAGACGCGAGACGCGCUUUUACGUUACUCGAGCUCUUUUCGUCUCACGCGCGUUGUGAUAGUCUCAGCAACCAACUGUUUGGCAAACGUAAUAAUGCCUCUUGUCUUGUAUUUGUUGUUUUUCCGUCCAUUUGUAAGCCAAAAGAGUUUGAUAAUAGCUGUUUUUUCAACAACAGAAGGUUUCAAUUCUUUUUAAUUUUAGUUUGAUAUGAAAGAAAAAAGCCAAAGGCUGAGGCUGAUAACCCUUACCUUGUUUAUUCUGGAUAUCAGAAAAACCGAAUUUAAUAAUUGUUUUAUUAUACAUUGAAAGAAAAAAAAAAGGUCACUACAGUAAGUGGAACUGAUAAUUUAUUUGUAAACGUGUAAAAGUACUGAAAUCAGCAAGCAACAUGAAGCGCGCGAAGUUGACAUGAUUACCCGUAGAGAUCAUACACUGCAGUCAUACAUGACAUGAUUACCGUGACUUUGAGUGACCUUGACUUGAUUACUGUAUAAUCUGCAGAUAGAUGACGUUCCAGGAGCUGAUUUCGGAAAUUCGGCCAAUCGCUGGUUUCGAAAUUUCGGCCAAUCACAAACAGAUAGUGAGUUAAGCGCGCGGCCAGAACGAUCACGCUACAUAGCUGAGUUGUAGAAAACUGUGAAGAAACGUCGCAAUCUAUGGUGGGGAAAGGAGAAAUCUAGAGGAAAGGACGAAGGUAUUGCGUGGCUGGAGCGCCAAAUGAUGUUUGCUACAAGAGUAAUACACACAUGCCGGGUAUUUCUAUACACUACUUUCCAAAGGAUGUAGCUGCAUGGCAAAAUGGACGCGUUUCGAUCGUCGACAUCGAGGAGAUUUUACUCUUCAAUGUCGUCAGCCUUAUGCCCCGUACCGGCUUCGAAGACGCCUGUAACGAACACAUAGCACUUGUCAAAUCAGGGGAAGAUAACAAGUGAAUUCAGCUAAGAAGAAUGCUGAUUAAGGAGCCUGUUUUCACGCCGUACACGAUUGUUCAACAUUCUUUUCGAGAACCCCUUAUUGUUGUUUAUUUCACGCGCUUGAGAUGUACUGAUACUCCCUGUCAUGACUACAUUUUCACUUUUCUUAUCGGAUGAAAACCCUACCAAUUGUAGUUUCCAUCGUAUUUAACUGACAGAAAUACAUCAUUUGUAAUAAAGUUAAAGCCCUUUCCUGAUAUCAAUGAUGUAAUCUCACUCGUUUUCCGUUCGGUUUGACCGGCUCGACGAUCGCGACGAUGGCCUCUUCCUUUGCAAUCUCUGAGGAAAGAAGCAACUUGCAGUGAAACUAUCCGAUGACUUCUGAUUAAAAAAUCAUCGUGCCUCGUGACACAGCUGAUUCUUUCGCCAAAAGUUUGCUUUUGGUUUAGAAAGGGAAUUUCUCUACAGCAGCAAAACUCUAGAGCACUGACCGAGAGGAACCUUCGCCGCACAUAGUGCGAAGAAAUAAAAUGUUAUGGCAACAGAAACGAACACAGCUAUUCGUUCUCUGGAUAGAUUUCGCCAUAGAAAACAAAACACAAACGCAACAAGCCAAACAUUCGGUAACAGGAACUUUUCGUUUUAAUCUUGACCUCAGUGAACACCGCAGGGGAGAAAUCGUCUUUUUCAGUGUUCGUUGAAAUCUUCGUUUGAGGCACGCGGUUCUCCUUCAUAGGGCUGAACCGUACACGCAACUUUCAUUUCUUAUCUACUGCUUGAGUACGAUAUAUUACAACUCUCGGUAGAGCUUACUGAAGGUAGACAUACAUCGCUAUCAGACAUUAUUUCAGGAGUAUUUCAACGCUGACUGAUACAAAAUUACAAGAGUUGUGAGAGAUUUGUAAGUGUCAACUGAGAGUUUUCACAGUUUUCUACGUCAUCACCCGAUAAUUUGUUACCAGUCCACGGGACGCUCAAAAGACAAAAUAAGAGCUCUUUAGGGCCCGAAGAAACCGAGUUUUAAGUUUUUUGAAUUUUUUUUUCAGUCGGAGUUGGUUUUUUACAUAUGAUAAGCUAGAUGUUAACGCAAAAAAAAAAAUUUUUUGUCAUGCGUAUCAAGAAAAGUGGGUCGACAUAGAUAACAAUAGGCUUUGUUAUAAUGACCCCAUAUGGCCAUUUUUGAACAAUGGCACAACAGCUUCAGAACACAUGAGGGAUUUUUCGAAGUUUCCGAUUAGCAUACAAUCGGGAAAUUUAAACGCUCGGAAAGGCUGAAGGAAAGACAGCGAAAAGGAAAUUUGAGGGGAGAAAAUAGCAGCGAGAAAGUCGGAGGGGGAAACCUUCACUCUCCCGCUAUACGGACUAUCUAAUCACGACUUCGCCGCUCCCAGAGUAAUCUUUCAUAGUAUGAGAGCAGUUCAAAUCUCGCGUGGGCUAUGCAAGUCAGACUUAAUUCCUUGUGUGCACAAUAAGUAUUAUAAUAAAGUUCGGAUGUAGCGCGCGUUGUCAUUGGUUGAAAGAACGUGCUCUAUGAGAGUAUAUAGCAUAGAGCAUAGAGCUGAGCUAAAGCUGUCACGCCAUCUGCCGAAUUGUACUGUUAGACCUUUUCCGGGACUUCUUUUUAGUUUUUUUUUCGAUGAUUGAAAGUGAAAUUUUGGAACAAGCGAGCCGGCAAGUAGCAACAGAAGAACCAAACAAAGGUUUGUAAACAUACCAGGCGCCGUAAUUUACGUUAAUAAAAUGUGAGCAGAGGCGAAAAUCCUCAAGGGGAAAACAAAAUAGACAGUCCGAGUUUUGCGGCGCUAUCAUCCCGAGCGAUCUUCAUGUUCCGGUGAAUUCGGCUGUCGUUCAUUCAUAAAACACUCGCCUUAAUCAGUUUGUUUUCUACCUUUUCAUGUGAAAAAACUCGUGUGUUUUUAGGAGCCAUAAUUCGGUUUAAGUUCACUGAACAUUUCACUUUAAGAUUCUGUAUUACUUCAGGAAAAAGUGUUAAAUUCGACCUGCCGAACUAUUUUAGCUUGUAAACUAUCGCAGAAUGUGAACUUUGAUGGUUUGACAUUUUUGACAGCUUUGGUCUUGUACAGCCAAUCAGAUUAUUUGAACCAUUCUAACAGGGAUUCUUGGCUUAUUGUAGCGUGCUUUAUGAGAGUAUAGAGCAUGCUGACGACACUGUUGUUCGCUUUCGAAAUAGAGUUUGUUUUAAACAUUGAAAGUAAUGCUUAGGGAAUUUAACGGAUUCUUUGUUAUAAAACAAAUAGAGAAGCCUUGACUGUGCUCUGUGCUGUUGUAAAGAACUUAGGAGCGGCUAGAGCACUCAAGAAGUGGGGAGAAACAUGAGACUACGUCUCGUGUUUCUCCCUACACUUCUUUCGUGCUCUAGCCGCUUCCUGCGUGCUUUAUAACAAAACAGAGCACAGUCAAGGCUUCUCUAUUUGUUAAUUAAUCAGUAGUGAAGAUAAGGCUUGAAAAAAAAAAUCACUGCAAGUGUUUAUUACUAAGAUCGCUUCCAUAUUCAAAGGUAGUAGAGAUGCAAAUUUUUUAUGAUCAUUGUUUUCAAGGGUAUUGCUAAUCAGUGUCUUACCAACUGAGCUAACAAGCCAACUUGGAGCUGGUCAUGAUGUUGGCUCCAGAUAAACCCGUGAAGUGGUGAAUAAAUCACUGCAAAUAUUUGAAAAUUAUAUAUAUGUAAACUGCGGAUCAAGAAAUGAAUAUGGAAUCAAUUUUUGCAGUAAUGAACACUACCUAAGCAGUAUUGAAAGUAAGGCCUGAAAAAAAAUUCACUGCUGCUUAAGUAGUGAUCAUUACUAAGAUCGCUUUCAUAUUCAAAGAUAGUAAAGAUGCAAAUUUUUAUGAUAGUGUUUUUUUAAGGGUAUCGUUAAUCAGUGUCUUAGAAGCAGUUACAUGAAAUUGUAGACAUUAAAAGGUAAGAGAAUGGGAGAAUCUUCCAGUUGCCGAUGCUGCUUUAUACUGAAGUUACCGUAUCACAAUGGUCUAGAGUAUAAGUAAGACAUGUAAACAAUCAUCUUACACAUGAGCCUUAGUGAUCGAUAGAGUGUCAAUCUUCGUCUGCUCGAGAUUUGUCACGAGGAACUCAUUCAUCUAGGAAAUUAGUGGGUUAUUGAAUUUUCCAAACCCGGGGAGAAGGGGAGAAUUAUCAAACUGUUAACAAUCGUGAUAAGGGGCGUAUUUUUCUAAAGUGUUAUGUGGAUUGUCAGCCUAUUUUUCAAAAACAUCCGCAUUAGUAUUUCUGACGAGCUUUCAGUGGAUAGACUUAAAGUGGGGAAAUAAAAGAUCACUUGAUUGAGUGAAGCGUUUUGUGUUCAUCUGUUAAUUGACGCACGCAAAAUGACGAGGGAGUAGAACACCGAAGUCGACUCAGAGAGAAAGACUUUUGACAAUGUGCUAAACACAAUUAGAGACUGAAGCGUUUUUUCUCUAAUUCGAGUUCUGAGGAAGGAUAACUCAUGAGGACCGGGUAUAACAGUAACUAUAAAGAGGAAAAGUUGAUCUUAGAGUCAAAUAGCCAAACGUUGUCGAAUAUUAGAAUGUAAAUGGGGUUGUGCAGCUCAUGUUUUAUCAAAACGCAGCAAUCUGAUUGGCCACGCUACUCGCUCUCUAUUCGGCGUUAAUUAAGUACUGAGUAACCUACCAGUGUGCGUUUGGAAACAAAAUGAAAUAAAAGUAUUAGCCUGUUUUGUUAAAUUUGGACGACUAGUAGAUUUAAUAUAAAAAGAUAAGAUUAUUUGCUCUCGAUUUCCAAACGUGACAGGUGAUUCACGCUUCGCACUCAUCAAACUUUCCCAUUAGAGGAAUCUCAAGCUCAUGAUCCAACCAUUAACCCUUUCAUUCGUCCUUACUUGAGGGGAGGGAGAAGGGAGUUUGAACCUCACCCGGGUGAUGGUGAGGAAUUUUAACCGGAAGUAUCAAGUCUUUCAGAGGGAUGCAAAUGUUAUAUCUUUGAAUAUAAAAGUUUCAAAUGUAAGUAGUUUACUUUCGCGAGCGGAUGGCUCAGAAGAGAAAGUCUAAAAUAUCUAAGUUCUAAGGCUUGGUCCUGAGAUGUAGAAUUUUUCUUUUUACCGAAAAAACUGGGCGGGAAUUUGAACAAACCAGUCUUUUUCCCGGAGGUUUGCCUAGGGGAGGAUGCUAAAGCUUCGACUCGAUCGACGUAUUAACUCCAACUUAGACUCCAAUGUCUAAAAAAUUGAGUCUUGAGUGCCAAAAUAUUCCAAGGUGUGAAUAAUCCAAGGUAGACCGGAGAAAUGGCCCGUGAGCGGGUUAAAAAGGCCCAUUUGAAAAGAAGUUUUAUUGAUUCUUAUACUCCUAACAGUUUUUCCAUGUGUCAGCUGUGCCUUCAUCGGGAUAUGAAGCAACCGGGAAGUUUGAAGAGCACCAAAGGUGCGUAAGAGUUUGUUGAGGUGUAACCAAUAUAAUUCUAGCUUCUUGAGUACUUCUUUUUCUGAUGAGCGCACAGCUGACUCAUGAAUCAGUUAUAUUACCGGGUUGUUAGCAUAAAGAUGUACUAUAAAGAGUAGUUUAUCGUCAGCGCACACACACCCGUCAACCGCCCCCUUAGUACAGAUUUCUCUAUCUCUCCAGCCUUCCGCUGCCAUUACAAUCAAGGAUGGCGGCCGUAAUUUUUACUGAGCACUUGCUCGCCAAAAUUACUCCUUCUCUGUAGGCAAGCAAUAAUUUGGCUUUUUUUAAUCAUAUAAAACAAAUGGAUUCCAUGUUGCCAUGGGUCUGUACAGUAAAUACAUAGAUUCAGUAAGACAUAGAUCAAUUUCUGCACCGAACAUGUCAUUCCAAACAACUAUCAAUAGGAUCACGUUACUGUCACACACUUAGCCUGAAAUGUAAUCCGAACAUCUGAAUAAGCUAAUUGUUCAGAUAAUGUAAAUUGACCACCGAAAACUUUUUACGGUUGGCGAUAUACAUUACCAACGCAGUUGAUAAAGCCAAAUUUUCUUAGUGUCUAGAUAGUUUGUGCAUGAGACCUUGGGGCUAUGCCUAGUUUCUAAGCCCCUUCGUCCGAGUAGUGUUUCCAAACUUUGGCAACUCAGAGAGUAAUAUUUCCUUAUGCAGAUUUUUUAAAUGAUGUGUAAUAAAACAAUUAUUGAAUUCGGGUUUUGCGUGAUAUCUGCCAAAGCCAAACUCUUACCUCGGCUUUGAUAAUUCAUGAUAACAUGCUCAACCUCAUUCAAUAAUUGUUUAUUAUUCUCUGGAAGUUGAAUGAACGCCAGUAAGAACUUGAACACACUUGUCUGUAUUUGAUAGGAUGGUAAAAAGGCUGACUGUGUCGGUGUAAUUACACAGUUAAGAGAGAAUGUUGUUAAGUAGUCCUGAAUAUUUUGCAUAAAAAAGUGAAACAAGUUGUCUGCAUUUUUAACUGAGCAGUGAAGUAGGCAAGUCUUCACCAGGAAUGUGAACUUAUAGACUAGUUUCUUUGUCAAAAUUUCUCAUUUCGAGAACGAUGUUGCUGAAUCACAGAAAUGCAUUGAUUCAAAUGCAAAUUAUCUUUUAAAUAUACCAAAAUCUGCCAGAGUUUACAAUUGGUCCUUGAGUUCCUUCUUCUCGACUCCAGACCGGCUACAACAGUAUUCUGUGGCAAGGGCAUCAUGUGAGUUUCAUUAUCUCGAAAAGCAGUGCCGUAAGCGUUCUCGAGAAGUUUCUUUUGUGGAGCGCAAUUAGUCAGGUUCAAUUUCAGCGGUAAGCCUUACUUUAAGAAUAGAAAGUAUAUGGUUUGAACCUAGGAAUAACUGUCGAUCGUGUAGUCCGAUCGUUUGAGAGAGAGUAGUCCUGAAAAGGACCGUUGUUGAUAACUUAAAAGUCAUUGACGUUUGGACAACCUCAGGCAGGGGAAAAAGUCAUAAGAAACAAGUUACAGCGAGCUUAAGAGGGGCCUCAACAUUUUGUCAUUUACAAUCAGCAUGAAGAGAACCUUAUCAUCCGUUUAAAACAUCCAUGUCUCAAGACAGGAAAGAAGAGACUUCAUCCAAGAAAAUUUAUAUGUUAGAGAUCGGAGGGAGCCCCAAACGACCUAUCAAAUUCAUGUUUACAGAAGUCGGUCCUUGUCACAAGAUUUUAUUUUUCAAACUAGUAAUUAAUUCUGUGGAAAUGCGCCAGCAAUGCAUUCAACCACAACAUCAGUUAAAUGAUACGACAGUGCGUUUCAUUCCCUUCGUCAUGCUUCAUGGCCCGAAUUAACGAGUGUCAACAAAUAAAAGAUUAGUGCAUAGCGACUGCAACCAACGGGCGAAGCUAAGCCAAGAGCUGCUUUUCGUUGCCGAAUUUUCUUCCUCAUCAAAUAAUACUUUGAGAAGGGUAACUUGACACUGAAAGAAGAUAAAUGCUACGAUUUAAUUGAUUGUUCAUGUAGACGUAAUUAGUAAAAUAUGCGGAAAUCUUUAAUAAUGAAAAGAAACCAUAGCAACCAUGUUUAAUGAACGUGGUUCUCAAUUAUCAUGGCAGGUUUGAUUCCUUUAUUUUAAGUAGGAUGUAGGGAGGCGAGAAUAUUUUAUGGAAUGAGAUAUUGCGAGAAACUGAGAAAUUAAAAAUAAUGGGGUUCUGGAAUGUUGAAGAAAUUGAGGCAAUUUAUGUUAUCUAGAGAUGAUACUUGACAUCGCUCAGAGUGCCCAGACAUCUUAAUCAUUCGCAACCAUCGAGGCAGGUAAAUUUGAAUGAUUCGUUAACUUAUAUAAUAUUUCGCUAUAACUUGUGCAUUUGAAGAAUUCCAAACUUUGGACUGAAUAGGCAGGUGAAAUUGAAAGAAAUCCACACAAAAACAAAAUAACCAAUCAGAUUUUCUAGUUGUUUAAAGAAACCAAUAAAAUGAAAGGCAAAGUAGGUCAAAGAAGUCAUCGUGUGGUAAUUGAACUUUGUAUUGUGAAAUUUUUAUCUAAAUCAUACUUUUGAUUUCAAAUCGAACUCACUCUGCGUGUUCGUUCGACUUUGAAAUCACACUUAUAUAUAAUUUCAGACCUAAUAAUAUACUUGCAAAACUUUCAGAAUUCUCAUUGGCCGAGAACUUGUCAAUUCACCCCAAACAUUUCAGAAAGUCGAAAUUGAGUGAAGAAAGUUAAAGUUGGAUGCAGAAAGAUGAAUUUGAAAUGACUGAGGAUGAAUUGCGACAGCACAACAAUUACCAUUGUUUCAAUUCAGAGUGUGAGGGAGAAUUCUAAAAGUAAAAACACCCAAUAAAGGAAAACAACUCACCUUAAGUCUGGCUUCCAAAAGCGGACAUCAAAUUAUGAACCGGAGGUCCUGAAUAAAAUUCCUGAGAAGUUUUACGCAACAGUUCGUACUGAGAAAGACGGGGAAGAUUAUGAGCGUAAUAGUUUUCGUGGGAUGUUUACUGUUAUCGACCAAUACCUAUCAGAGAAAGACUAAAAACUCCCAAUUAUUCUCGGAGAGAUUUUAAAAGUUUAAAGCAAAUUAUCAAGGAAAAAGCCUGACUUCUUGGGCAAUAAGGCAAAGGCAAGCGGCCAAACUGGUAAGCCCUGACACAAUAUAUAAACAGUACGGCUUGAGCAAACAAGGUUAGCAAGUAGAUUAUCAUAUAGCGCUCGGAGUAAAGGUUUUUUUUUCAAAUUUGCCGAUUUUCGAGAACAAAAAGACACGGUUUAUCACUGUUUCCGUGGAAAUGGCUUAUACGAAAAAGUUUUAAAGAAUCUUUUUUCUAAUUAAUGUUAUUUAUUGGUUUUAUCAUGGAAAAUAAAUACUGUCUAAAAUAAAUUAAAAAUAAAAAGAAUUUGAAUGUAAACAUUUUAAGCAUGGAUUUGACUACUGAAGAUAGUUAGGAGCCAAGAUUUAUUUUCUCUUCACUUAUUGAUGCUGAAACCAUAGCAACCAUUAUACUCCAUUUGGGGGCAGGUUUAAUUUCUGAUACAGUUUGGUCAGUGUAAAAGAAUGACUGUUUGAUCUUUUGGACGACUAGGUGAUUUUUGAAAGAAAUCAAUUCAUUAAUCGAUAUGUAGGCCUUAUCACUCUUACCCUGUAAAAAAAUAUUUUCAGAUACAUCCAUCCUGCCCAUGGAAAAGUAGUUACUUCAGAAACAAUUACCGAAACGUCAGGGAAUGAAAUCAGCGUCAUUGUAAACCAAACAUUUUCAUUGUUCUUCUCUAACCAGAUAAAAAAUGCGUAAAACGGUGCUCCUCACAGCAACAGAUAUUCAUACAGUUUCAUUACUGCUUUCUCGGGUUUCAAAGACACGACUAUUGAACUGAGAGCUAGUCAUGGUACUUUUUUCGUAAUGAGAUGGACAUCAGAGCUAUUGCUGUGGCCCAUGGCCAUUUAUUUCGCCUUACUUGCCUAUUAGCCUUUAGAGAUAGAACGGAAUAAAAGCCUGAUUGCUCUUUCCUUAAACGGGAUCUAUCUUGCGAUCAGGCGUUCUCAGAAAAAAAAAAAAGAACGCUUGAUUGCAGGUAACUGAUUUUAUAUUGGUGACUUUUGUCUUCUUUAGCUACUUCAGCCGAGACAGAAUCUGGAAAUUGCCUCAGUUUGACAUAA